GUUGGCACUUUAAGUGUGGAGUCUUCACUUUGUAUUUUUUUUCGUUGGCUAGAUAAGCCCUUGCUUCAGUUACACUGGUCUUUGUGCCAGUGUUCAUGACUUUCCUUCGUACUUCUUCACGUUGGAUUGUUGCACAUACGCUGGUGAAGGAAGGUAGUUCGGGGUUCAUGAGUAUGUGGCUUCGUAGGUCUUCGUAUCCUGGAUCGAGACUUGACAAGAGUUGGAAUAUCUUGUCUUCUUCUGCCCUUUUCAGUAGUAAAGACGCCUCAGUUGUGUGAGGCCGAUACAUUUCCAGCUCAUUCCACAUGCUCUUCAUGCUGCCUAGAAGUUGAACAAAGGGCUUUCCUUCUUGUUGUAUGUUGGAAAUGUUCUUCUUCAAUUGAAACACACAUGCAGCAUUGUUCUGGCUGCCAUACAUUUCCUUGACUGUCUGCCAUAGUUUGAAUGAUGAUUCAGAAUAACUGAAUAUUUCAGCUAGUUUACGUUCCAUGGAAUUUAGGAGCCAUGACAUAACUAGCUGAUCCUUGCAAAGCCAGAUUUCAUAAUUUGGUGAAGAAACAUCAGGAACUUCGAUGCUUCCAUUUAUGAACCCUAGCUUGGACCUUCCACCUAGGGCAAGACUCACUGCUCUUGACCAAGGUAAGUAAUUAAACUCAUUUAACAAGAUCGAGCUUAAUCUUUGAUUUGGAUUGACAUCCACCUCAGACACGGUUGAGGAGGAAGGUAUCUGGGAAUCUCCAAACGAAUAAGAAUUCUCUUCCGCCAUAUAAAGACCUAUAAGAAUAAAGAAAGAAUUUUUCUUCCUUUUUUUUUUUUAUAUCAGCUUAAUUCCCACGCGUGCUCGAUGGUCGUAGGAGCAGGGAGGAAGAAGAAGCAAGAACGAUGAGGCCUGAGAUCGUGUUGUUCGGAGACUCAAUCACCGAACAAUCCUUCCAAUCGGGUGGCUGGGGCGCCGCUCUAGCUGAUUCUUACUCCCGCAAGGCCGAUGUAAAAGUUCGUGGGUAUGGCGGGUACAACACGAGGUGGGCAUUGUUCUUGCUGCAGCACCUCUUUCCUCUGGAUUCUGAUAAACCUCCUGCUGCUGCCACAAUUUUCUUUGGGGCCAAUGACGCGGCUAUUUUAGGCAGAACAAGUGAGCGGCAACAUGUUCCUCUUGAAGAGUACAAGGAGGAUCUCAGAAAAAUUGUUCUUCAUCUGAAGGAGUGUUCCCCCACCAUUUUGAUUGUGCUUAUUACUCCACCACCUGUUGACGAGGAUGGGCGUAAUGAUGAGGUUGAUCUAGAUGAAGAGGACAAUGAGGUCGCCGCAUUGGAAUCGGAAAAGGAUCAGUUGGUUCUUGGCCCUCAGUUUUCUCUCAAGGAGCAGCUUGAGAAAGAUAAUGAUGAUGAGAGUUUGAGGAAAUGGAAGGAGAUUGUUGAUCUCUGCCUUGAUCGAAUCCGAAAGCUUGCUGAUAACUGUACGGGGCUUCAAGGUUUUCUGGUGUUCCACGCCGUUGGAGGUGGAACCGGCUCUGGCCUCGGCUCUCUGCUCUUGGAAAGGCUCUCUGUCGACAACGAAGCCAUCUACGACAUGGAUAAGAUGAUGCAGAAGCAGGUUAUUUUUCCUGCUCUGAUACCAUAUUGAUUUUUCUGAUUUGAAUUGUAAUAUAUUUCAUGUCUUAGAAAGCCUUAUGGAAGGCAUACUUAUACACAAUACAAAGAAAGCUGAAAACUUUACACCCUACACACUUGUAAUCUGACAGCACACAUGCACUUGCACAUUCCUUGCUGUGCUUGCUGUGCUGUAUCCUUGCUGUGCUGUAUCCUUGCACGUUCCUUGCUGUGCUGUCUGUGCACGUUCCUUGCUGAGCUUGCUGUGCUGUUCUUGCUGUGCUGUCUGUGCACGUUCCUUGCUGUUUUUUUCCAAUAAUUUUAUCUCCAGAUCAUCCAGAAGCCAUUAACUUCUCGCUGCACCGCAUGAUCCACCUCAUCUGUUUUUCACAAAUAUUCAUCCAAUGUAGCUGAGCGAGAACUCACAGGCGCAUAUAGAUUAUUUGUGUUGUACGACCACUUAUGUAAGGGAACUUAUGUGAUUCAAUUCAAACAAUUCACAAUUUUUUCCCCUCUUCGUCAAGGCAUGCCAGUUUUUAUGAAAUUGUCUCUGUCGUCGUUGCACAGGCCCCCAAAAUCUCAUGAUCGACCAUGAAACUCAUGUUGGAUUUUCUCGAAUAAAUUUUAAGGUUAACACAACGCUUUUCAUAGUGACUCGUACAAAUUAAGAAUCCGGGCACAAACAAUAAUAAUGUACGCGGGUUUAUUCUGUUUGUAAAGCUAGAGAGGCCUACGAUUUCUUGAAGUUUAUGGUUGUAAACUGAACUGAACGAUCACUUUUAGACUUUCAGUUUGGUCACCAACUCCAUUGGACUAUGUUUGUGUAAUAAGCUUAUAUUGAUUGGUUCAACUUUUAAUUACACAGAUGCGUUUCAUGAAAACUCCACGCCUGAUGUGGUGUACAGAUGAUAAGACAAAAGUUAGGGGACAAUAUCAGUGUGGUUAAUGGUGAACUAUUGGCCUGUAUACGUCCCUCGAAAAUAUUUACAAUUAAUGUGAUCAAAUUGCUCAUGGUGAGUAGGCAAUACUUAUGCCGCUAUUGAUAACAGUUUAGUUUAAUCAGGGUCCUCCCUGAAUCUGAUAUUUUUUUUAGGUAGAUGCAGUAUUAGUCUACCCUCACAGCACCCCCGUUCAUUUUCUACUUUCUGUGAUCAUUUCUAUCCGUUUCAGUGGUAGAUAUUGACAUAUAAUAUUGUAAAUGUAAAGAAUGUUCCAAAAUAGUUUUCUUUAAUUAAUUUCUUGUUUUUGAA